UUGGGCCCUGGUUCUGAAGACACCGUCCAGGGACCGUGGCCCCUUUCUACCCACCCCUCCUUCUGCUUUUUUUCCUUCCCUACUCUGGCAGGAUGAGGCGUGCAGGCCUGGGUGAAGGAGUACCUCCAGGCAAAUAUGGGAACUAUGGCUAUGCUAACAGUGGGUAUAGUGCCUGUGAAGAAAAUGAGAGACUCACUGAAAGUCUGAGAAGCAAAGUAACUGCUAUAAAAUCUCUUUCCAUCGAAAUAGGCCAUGAGGUUAAGCAUCAAAAUAAAUUAUUAGCUGAAAUGGAUUCACAGUUUGAUUCUGUAACUGGAUUUCUAGGUAAAACUAUGGGAAAACUGAAGAUUUUAUCUAGAGGGAGCCAAACAAGCUGCUGUGCUAUAUGA